UACUUCAGCCGAAUGUUGUUCCACGCUAAUAUUUCACGUCUACCUAGAAUUAUUUAGUUACAACAUGGUGGUAGAAUAGAAGGAGGCACUACUCGGCAUGAUCACGGUUGACCGAUACGCCGUCUGCAUGCUGGUCUAUUGAGUUAUGCAACGGCUUUAUGCAGUCUUGUCCCCCUUUGAUGUACACUGCACGUUACCAUGCUAAAAUAGAGAUGUACCUACUGCUUCCGUUGUGAUUACAUCUUUAACAGACUUGGGCGCCAUACUUUUUACAACAACGAUGUCGAAAGCUAGGCUCGUGCAUUACGUCAUCUGAUCUGAGAUGGCUACCUUCGCCUUUUGUAAACAACUGCGCGCCGUGUGGAACGUACCGAACUGUUGAGCAGUGGGCUAUGACAAUAGUUAUCGUGAGUUCUUCACUGUGUUCUCGACCAUGGAUGACCCGAGGCAUAGGCUGAUAUACAAGACUUUUGCCAUAUCCAGUCGAUUACACUGCAACGACAUCUCUUCUCGCAUGUCGCACGAAAAGCGAUGAUCUGCUUUGUCUUUCGAAUAUUUCCAACAUUCCAGACUGACAUUGUGUGGGUGAAGAAUGUCUUUGAAGAGAUUACAGUUGACACUAGCUAUUUUUAAGCCUGACAUUACAGCCCAACCUCAUAUUAUUAAGGAAGUGAGGUCCAUGCUUCUGCAACACAAGUUUUACUUCAUUCGGUCAAAGGAGCUGAGGUUGUCAAGGCAGCGGGCAGAGGAAUUUUAUCAAGAGCAUAAAGGUAAAUUCUUCCUCAACAGACUGGUAUCUUUCAUGUCCAGCGGCCCCCUGAGUGCUCACAUUCUGGCUCGAGACAAUGCAGUCCAGGAGUGGAGAAGACUGAUGGGACCAACCAAAGUGUUGAGAACGAUUCAUGAGGAUGCGGACAGUAUUCGCGGAAUGUACGGAUUGACAGAUACCAGGAACUGCACACAUGGAUCAGACUCACCAGAAUCUGCUGCCAAAGAAAUUGCGUUCUUCUUCCCUGAGUUCAGCAUUGACCAUUGGUACAGAGAAGAUGAAUCCUGCUAUAGGGAAGGAAAGGUCUUUUAUGAUAAUGACACUGGUAUGCAUAUGUUACAGAGAUGA